CGUGACGUCAUCAGCGCUGCGACGUUCUCCUUACACGGCCGGCCAGUGAAUCAGUGCGCUCCCGCCUGGGCUGCAGUACGAGCCGGAGCUGCGAGAACUGUAGAACCAAAGAGGACGCCACCAGCGGAGAGGCCGCGAUCCUAUACAUCUGACUUCCUUCAUUAUACUUCAUUCAUCACCUUGUGAAAAUAUGCCUGUGAAGAAAAAGAGAAAAUCCUCCGCUUCCGAAGAACUGAACCUGAAGAAAUGUAGAAUAACUGGGUAUUGCAGGACUCAGACAUCGAAUAGAGUAAUCAAUGAAGACCUGUUCUCCAGCAAGAAGUGCCUGGCGUGGUUUUACGAGUAUGCAGGUCCAGAUGAGAUUGUUGGUCCAGAAGCUAUGGAAAAAUUCUGUGAAGACAUUGGUGUUGAACCAGAAAAUAUUAUUAUGUUAGUUUUGGCUUGGAAACUAGAAGCAGAAAGCAUGGGUUUCUUCACAAAGGAAGAGUGGUUAAAAGGAAUGACUUCAUUACAAUGUGACAGCACAGAAAAGUUACAGGGCAAAUUUGAUUAUCUACGCGCUCAACUGAACGAUAACACUGCCUUUAAGAAUAUUUACAGAUAUGCUUUUGACUUUGCUAGGGAUAAGGACCAGCGGAGUCUGGAUCUCGACACCGCAAAAUCCAUGUUGGCACUUCUGCUAGGAAGAACGUGGCCGUUGUUUUCUGUAUUCUACCAGUAUCUAGAGCAAUCAAAGUACAGAGUUAUGAACAAAGACCAGUGGUACAACGUGUUAGAGUUCAGCCGCACUGUUAAUGCCGACCUUAGUAACUAUGAUGAAGACGGUGCCUGGCCCGUGCUCCUUGAUGAAUUUGUUGAGUGGCAUAAAGUCCGCCAGAUGUCAUUAUAGCAAAAGAUAUUCUGGAAAAAG